CGGCGCGACAUCGUUCAAGACCAUGACAACAAUUCUUUUCCGUGUCCGUAUGAUUAUAACUCUUAAUCAUAGUAAACGUAAUUAAAAUUAAUAUUAUUGUUAAUCUCUCCGCCACAUAAUAAUAAGACCACUAUAUAAACGUUUACUCAUUAAUGUACUGUAAUCAAAUCGACAAAGUCUCUCUCUUUCUCUCUCGCUCUCUUCUCUAUUCAAAAAUUAUACCGGCAAAAAUGGACGAUCAACCGCCGCUAAUCUGGCCGCAGUUUGAAUCUACCGGAUAUACUCACCGGAGAUCACCGAUUCCGGCGAUGUUAGUUCCGGCGAUGAUCGGAGUUAUUUCAGCGGCGAUUUUUCUUUUGUUUGUGAACUUUGUGAUCCCUCCGUUUCUCUCGGUCACAUCUCAGAUUCUUCAGCCGUCAUCGGUGAAACGAGGAUGGGAUUCGAUAAACGUCGUUUUAGUAGUUUUCGCGAUUCUCUGCGGCGUACUCGCUAGACGAAACGAUGACGGAUUGUCGUCAGAGUCUUUACACGGCGGAGAAGAAGAAGAAGUAGGAGGAGCUGUGACGAGUGGUGAAAUGACCCUCGGUGAGAUUAGCAAAAUCUCAUCCUCGUCGUCGGCGGUUUCAGAGCAGUGGUUUGAUGACGUGUAUGACGCCGAGAGGCUUAAGAUUUAUGAGAGUGUGAGUAGUCGGAGUUUCUCUCAUGGAUUACCGGUUACCGGAACUGUACCGUUGAGGCGUAGUUGUAGUUCGUAUCCUGAUCUGAGACAAGGAGUUUUCAGGGAAACUGGCGAUCGCCGGUUCCGGUUUUACGAUGAUUUCGAAAUCCAUAAUCGUUCUUACGAAGAAUUUCAGAAUCGUUCCAAAAUCGAGAUCGAAGAAGAAUCUGAGCCUAAAGAGAUUCAGAUUGAUACAUUCGUUGUAAAACCGUCUUCUCCGCCGCAACAACCACCGGCACCACCAACACCUCCUCCUCCUCCUCCACCUCCGCCGGUUGAAGUCUCCCAGAAACCGAGAAGGACUCAUCGUUCUGUUAAAAACAGAGAUAUACAAGAAAACGUAAAACGCAAUGACAUUAAGUUUAAACGAGCGUUUCAACCUCCAAAUCCACCACCGCCUCCACCACCUCCUCCGCCGCUGAUAACCGCGACGCCACCGAGAAAGCAAGGAACUCUUCAACGAAGAAAGAGCAAUGCGGCGAAAGAGAUUAAGAUGGUUUUCGCUUCUCUGUAUAAUCAAGGAAAGAGGAAGAAGAAGAUUCAGAAAUCAAAGAGAAAAGAGAGAAUCGAAUCUUCUCCGGUGGUGGUAGAUGUGACGGAACCACCGCAAUACCAAUCUUUAAUUCCACCACCGUCUCCGCCUCCUCCUCCACCACCGCCUCCACCUCCGCCUCGAACGUCACAAUCAGUAUUCUACGGAUUGUUUAAGAAAGGAGUUAAGAGCAACAAAAAGAUUCAUUCGGUUCCGGCGCCGCCUCCACCUCCACCGCCGAGACAUACCCAAUUUGAUCCUCAGACACCAACACGGAGAGUGAACUCCGGAAGACCUCCGCGUCCGACGAAACCGACGAAUUUCAAUGAAGAGAACAACGGCCAAGGAUCUCCGUUAAUCCAAAUUACGCCUCCACCACCUCCACCGCCUCCAUUUAGAGUUCCGCCGCUAAAAUUCGUCGUGAGUGGUGAUUUCGCGAAGAUACGGAGUAAUCAGAGCUCUAGAUGUAGCUCCCCUGAGCGAGAAGUGAUCGACAUCGGCUGGGGUUUAGAACUCACACAAUCUGACGACGGAGUUAAAACAAAAGCAGCCGUCGGCGGCGGCGGUAUGCCGGGAUUCUGUCCAAGCCCGGACGUUGAUACGAAAGCCGACAACUUCAUCGCCAGGCUUAGAGACGAGUGGAGGCUCGAUAAGAUCAACUCCGUGAACAGAAAAAGGUAAAUGGGCUUUGUGUAAGACCCAAAAAGGCCCAUUACAAAAACGACGUAGUUUUCCUUCUCUCUUGUUCGACAAGGCUGCGAUGCACAAGUUGGAUCAUACAACAAACAUCUUCAAGGGAAGUUUUAUAUUUGAUUGGCAAAUUCGUUGUGAUUUUAAGCAAUGUGCAGACAUACACAAGGACUCGGAUUUAAGUUACGGGUAAUAUUGGCAUUAUCGGUAUAGUUAAUAGUGGUAACUGGUUCGAACUGGCUGGUUAGUUUUUGGGUUUAACCGGUUGAGGGAUUUUGGUUUGGUGUGUUUGGGGUAUUCAGUUUGGAGUGUCUGAUUAAAAGUCAAUAACUUUGGUGUUGAUAUUAUUGUUGAUACUGUAUAAUGUAUGGCCCAUUGAUAUGAAAAAAUAGUUGUGGGCUCUGAAUUUUGUUGGGCCUACCUCUUGUGACCUUUCCAUUUCCCUUUCUUUUCCUUCUUCUUCUUCUUCUUCUUUCACAUUAUUUGUAAAUUGUGAGAGCUCUUUCCAAUACUAUUGUCGAAAUAGUGGUUAUGAUUCUUCGAGCUAUGUAUAAGUUUUUUUUCUUAACACGGUAUUAGAUAUCUAUGUUUCCAUGAAAACGUUGUUAUAUGUGAAUAGUCUUUGAUGUAAUGAUGUAAUCACCAAAUUAAUGGAUAUAUUUCGUAUACUUUAAACAUGUAUAGGCAAAAUGUGUCAAAGAGCAGUUUCAAAGGAUAAAAAAGGAGCUUGAGGUCAAGUCGUCAAGAGAAAGUAUUCAAGUGCAUGUUGAAGCUUUUAGACGUAUGCCGUGUUUGAGGCAUAGUAUGGCACAUACCUUUGCAAGAAGGGAUUGAAGGGUCUUUCAUUCUACACUGAAGCAUGAUGUUCUUUGAUGUUUGGAAAUCCAGAAAACAAAUGGUUUGAAAGAGAUUGAUCUCUUGGAGCAACACGAAUCAUAAUGAGUGGUUGUCAAAUGUAACAUGAAGAUCACUAGAUCAGUGAGCCAAUGAAGCAAUCCGUGACUUCUCUUAAGCUCGAAACUUCCCAAAAAACCCCAACCUCUAUGUGGUGGUCGUGGACAAGGGGCUAUAUAGACAAUAUGCGGUAAACAAAUGUUCAAUGGAACAACCAAAUCUAUGAUCACAUCUAACAGAAGAGGUUUUGUUCAACACCGUUGGAAAGUGGUGAAGUGGCCUGCAAGAAGGAGGAUUCUGCAAGCAAAGUUUGAAUCUUUCAAUAUUUUUGGUUACAUUCAUUUUGGUUGUUCUCUUUCAAUUCAUGAGUUAACAAAAAACAUGGAUAAAGUUUAAA